AUGAUGAUGAUGAUACGCCGUGUGAUGUGUGUGUUGGCCGUUGUGCUGUGCUGCGCCUGCGGGUAUACCAUGGCUGCUGCUGCUACUACUGCUGUUGUUCCUCGUGCUGACGAAUCAUCGACGGCGAUGGCGUUUGGUGGUGGUCAUCUUUUAAGGUAUCGCAAACCCGAUGGAAGUGAUUUUUUGAGUGAGCCUUUGCCGCCUGUUGAAUCAUCUCGAAAGAGUGUUACCCAUGUUCAAGAGAGCACUGGAAUAAAUAAUUUGGGAGAAGGAAAAGUUAUCUCUAAGGAACAUCCGGUUGCUGAGGAUCGUAAAUUGGAUGGUACUGUAUUAUCCAGUGAGGAGGAUGUGCGCAAUGACUCUGUUGAGGACGAAAGGAAGAAAUUAACUCCUGAGGUAGACCAUCUUCAAGUUGUGGAACCUCCCAGUGGUCUAACUCGUAUUGACCAACAAAAACAAGAAAAACAACAAGUAUCACUUAAUACAGGUGACUCCUCUUCUCUUUCACCUACAGUGAACACUGGUGCUGGGGAUAGUAGUGGACCAGGAACAACCACAGUGGCUGGACCCCAAUCUGGUGAAAAAGCAGUAGUUGUCCCAGAGACAUUGAAUACUCCAGCACAACCUACAACAUCAACGAGUUCUUCUGCGAGUGUACCUGCAGAGAGCAGCACAAUUUCAACAUCUUCCACUACCAACAGUACAGGUGACGGUAAUUCUAGCGCGGCCACGAGUGUGAGUGCGACAGCAGACACAGAAGGAACCAAUACCACUUCUACACCCAAGGCAGUCCCAGGGAUCAGCAGUAUUGCCUCUAAUAUGCAGAACAAGGGUAAUGUUGACAGCAGCAGUAUCAGCAGUUCUCUGUGGGUACGUGUGCCGCUACUAAUUGUUGCUGUGUUGUUCUCCGUUACUGUGUACUGA